AUGCAGCUCAGUGGGGCUGAACAGUGCGACCUCAGCGGCACCACAGACCAUGCUGUUCAAUCAAGCACAGCUGCCACUGACAGUCCUUCAGGCACCACAGAUCAUGCUGUUCAAUCAAGCGCAGCUGUCACUGACAGUCCUUCAGGCACCACAGACCAUACAAGUCCAUCAAGUGCAGCUGCCACUGACAGUCCUUCAGGUACCACGGGCCAUUCUGUUCAAUCAAGCACAGCUGCCACUGACAGUACUUCAGACACCACAGACGAUGAUGUUCAAUCAAGCGCAGCUGUCACUGACAGUCCUUCAGGCACCACAGACCAUACAAGUUUAUCAAGCGCAGCUGCCACUCCCAGUCCUUCAGGCACCACGGCCCAUGUGCAUUCAUCAAGUGCAGCUGCCACUGACAGUCCUUCAGGCACCACAGACCAUGCUGUUCAAUCAAGCGCAGCUGUCACUGACAGUCCCUCAGGCACCACAGAAAAUACAAGUCCAUCAAGCGCAGCUGCCACUGACAGUCCUUCAAGUACCACGGGCCAUUCUGUUCAAUCAAGCGCAGCUGCCACUGACAGUGCUUCAGACACCACAGACGAUGAUGUUCAAUCAAACGCAGCUGUCACUGACAGUCCUUCAGGCACCACAGACCAUACAAGUCCAUCAAGCGCAGUUGCCACUCCCAGUCCUUCAGGCACCACGGCCCAUGUCCAUUCACCAAGUGCAGCUGCCACUUACAGUCCUUCAGGCACCACAGACCAUACAAGUCCAUCAAGCGCAGAUGCCACAGACAGUCCUUCAAGUACCACGGGCCAUUCUGUUCAAUCAAGCACAGCUGCCACUGACAGUCCUUCAGACACCACAGACCAUACAAGUCCAUCAAGUGCAGCUGCCACUGAAAGUACUUCAGACACCACAGACGAUGAUGUUCAAUCAAGCGCAGCUGUCACUGAAAGUCCUUCAGGCACCACAGACCAUACAAGCCCAUCAAGUGCAGCUGCCACUGACAGUCCUUCAGGCACCACAGACCAUGCUGUUCAAUCAAGCGCAGCUGUCACUGACAGUCCUUCAGGCACCACAGACCAUACAAGUCAAUCAAGCGCAGAUGCCACAGACAGUCCUUCAAGUACCACGGGCCAUUCUGUUCAAUCAAGCACAGCUGCCACUAACAGUCCUUCAGACACCACAGACCAUUCAAGUCCAUCAAGUACAGCUGCCACUGAAAGUACUUCAGACACCACAGACGAUGAUGUUCAAUCAAGCGCAGCUGUCACUGACAGUCCUUCAGGCACCACAGACCAUAUCCAUUUAUCAAGUGCAUCUGCCACUGACAGUCCUUCAAGUACCACGGGCCAUUCUGUUCAAUCAAGCGCAGCUGCCAAUGACAGUACUUCAGACACCACAGACGAUGAUGUUCAAUCAAGCGCAGCUGUCACUGACAGUCCUUCAGGCACCACAGACCAUACAAGUCCAUCAAGCGCAGUUGCCACUCCCAGUCCUUCAGGCACCACGGCCCAUGUCCAUUCACCAAGUGCAGCUGCCACUGACAGUCCUUCAGGCACCACAGACCAUACAAGUCCAUCAAGCGCAGAUGCCACAGACAGUCCUUCAAGUACCACGGGCCAUUCUGUUCAAUCAAGCACAGCUGCCACUGACAGUACUUCAGACACCACAGACCAUACAAGUCCAUCAAGUGCAGCUGCCACUGAAAGUACUUCAGACACCACAGACGAUGAUGUUCAAUCAAGCGCAGCUGUCACUGACAGUCCUUCAGGCACCACAGACCAUACAAGUCCAUCAAGUGCAGCUGCCACUGACAGUCCCUCAGGCACCACAGACCAUGCUGUUCAAUCAAGCACAGCUGCCACUGACAGUCCUUCAGGCACCACAGACCAUGCUGUUCAAUCAAGCGCAGCUGUCACUGACAGUCCCUCAGGCACCACAGACAAUACAAGUCCAUCAAGCGCAGCUGCCACUGACAGUCCUUCAAGUACCACGGGCCAUUCUGUUCAAUCAAGCGCAGCUGCCACUGACAGUACUUCAGACACCACAGACCAUACAAGUCCAUCAAGUGCAGCUGCCACUGAAAGUACUUCAGACACCACAGACCAUACAAGUCCAUCAAGUGCAGCUGCCACUGAAAGUACUUCAGACACCACAGACGAUGAUGUUCAAUCAAGCGCAGCUGUCACUGACAGUCCUUCAGGCACCACAGACCAUACAAGUCCAUCAAGUGCAGCUGCCACUGACAGUCCCUCAGGCACCACAGACCAUGCUGUUCAAUCAAGCACAGCUGCCACUGACAGUCCUUCAGGCACCACAGACCAUGCUGUUCAAUCAAGCGCAGCUGUCACUGACAGUCCCUCAGGCACCACAGACAAUACAAGUCCAUCAAGCGCAGCUGCCACUGACAGUCCUUCAAGUACCACGGGCCAUUCUGUUCAAUCAAGCGCAGCUGCCACUGACAGUACUUCAGACACCACAGACCAUACAAGUCCAUCAAGUGCAGCUGCCACUGAAAGUACUUCAGACACCACAGACCAUACAAGUCCAUCAAGUGCAGCUGCCACUGAAAGUACUUCAGACACCACAGACGAUGAUGUUCAAUCAAGCGCAGCUGUCACUGACAGUCCUUCAGGCACCACAGACCAUACAAGUCCAUCAAGUGCAGCUGCCACUGAGAGUCCCUCAGGCACCACAGACCAUGCUGUUCAAUCAAGCACAGCUGCCACUGACAGUCCUUCAGGCACCACAGACCAUGCUGUUCAAUCAAGCGCAGCUGUCACUGACAGUCCCUCAGGCACCACAGACAAUACAAGUCCAUCAAGCGCAGCUGCCACUGACAGUCCUUCAAGUACCACGGGCCAUUCUGUUCAAUCAAGCGCAGCUGCCACUGACAGUACUUCAGACACCACAGACCAUACAAGUCCAUCAAGUGCAGCUGCCACUGAAAGUACUUCAGACACCACAGACGAUGAUGUUCAAUCAAGCACAGCUGUCACUGACAGUCCUUCAGGCACCACAGACCAUACAAGUCCAUCAAGUGCAGCUGCCACUGACAGUCCCUCAGGCACCACAGAUCAUGCUGUUCAAUCAAGCGCAGCUGUCACUGACAGUCCUUCAGGCACCACAGACCAUACAAGUCCAUCAAGUGCAGCUGCCACUGACAGUCCUUCAGGUACCACGGGCCAUUCUGUUCAAUCAAGCACAGCUGCCACUGACAGUACUUCAGACACCACAGACGAUGAUGUUCAAUCAAGCGCAGCUGUCACUGACAGUCCUUCAGGCACCACAGACCAUACAAGUCCAUCAAGCGCAGCUGCCACUCCCAGUCCUUCAGGCACCACGGCCCAUGUGCAUUCAUCAAGUGCAGCUGCCACUGACAGUCCUUCAGGCACCACAGACCAUACAAGUCCAUCAAGUGCAGCUGCCACUGACAGUCCCUCAGGCACCACAGACCAUGCUGUUCAAUCAAGCGCAGCUGCCACUGACAGUACUUCAGACACCACAGACGAUGAUGUUCAAUCAAGCGUAGCUGUCACUGACAGUCCUUCAGGCACCACAGACCAUACAAGUCCAUCAAGCGCAGUUGCCACUCCCAGUCCUUCAGGCACCACGGCCCAUGUCCAUUCACCAAGUGCAGCUGCCACUGACAGUCCUUCAGGCACCACAGACCAUACAAGUCCAUCAAGCGCAGAUGCCACAGACAGUCCUUCAAGUACCACGGGCCAUUCUGUUCAAUCAAGCACAGCUGCCACUGACAGUACUUCAGACACCACAGACCAUACAAGUCCAUCAAGUGCAGCUGCCACUGAAAGUACUUCAGACACCACAGACGAUGAUGUUCAAUCAAGCGCAGCUGUCACUGACAGUCCUUCAGGCACCACAGACCAUACAAGUCCAUCAAGUGCAGCUGCCACUGACAGUCCCUCAGGCACCACAGACCAUGCUGUUCAAUCAAGCACAGCUGCCACUGACAGUCCUUCAGGCACCACAGAUCAUGCUGUUCAAUCAAGCGCAGCUGUCACUGACAGUCCUUCAGGCACCACAGACCAUACAAGUCCAUCAAGUGCAGCUGCCACUGACAGUCCUUCAAGUACUACGGGCCAUUCUGUUCAAUCAAGCACAGCUGCCACUGACAGUCCUUCAGACACCACAGACCAUACAAGUCCAUCAAGUACAGCUGCCACUGAAAGUACUUCAGACACCACAGACGAUGAUUUUCAAUCAAGCGCAGCUGUCACUGACAGUCCUUCAGGCACCACAGACCAUGCUGUUCAAUCAAGCGCAGCUGCCACUGACAGUCCUUUAGGCACCACAGACAAUGGCAUUCCAUCAAGCGUAGCUGUCACUGAGAGUACUUCAGACACUGGCGGUCUUUCAAGCACCACAGACCAUAUCCAUUUAUCAAGUGCAUCUGCCACUGACAGUCCAUUAGGCACCACAGACCAUACAAGGCCAUCAAGCGCAGCUGCCACUGAUAGUCCUUCAAGCACCACAGGCCAUUCUGUUCAGUCAAGCACAGCUGCCACUGACAGUCCUUCAGGCUACACAGACGAUAAUGUUCAAUCAAGCGCAGCUGUCACUGACAGUCCUUCAGACACCACAGACCAUACAAGUCCAUCAAGCGCAGCUGCCACUCCCAGUCCUUCAGACACCACGGACCAUGUCCUUUCAUCAAGUGCAGCUGCCACUGACAGUCCUUCAAGUACCACGGGCCAUUCUGUUCAAUCAAGCACAGCUGCCACUGACAGUACUUCAGACACCACAGACCAGACAAGUCCAUCAAGCGCAGCUGCCACUGACAGUCCUUCAGGUACCACGGGCCAUUCUGUUCAAUCACGCACAGCUGCCACUGACAGUACUUCAGACACCACAGACGAUGUUCAUUCAAGCGCAGCUGUCACUGACAGUCCUUCAGGCACCACAGACCAUACAAGUCCAUCAAGCGCAGCUGCCACUGACAGUCCCUCAGGCACCACAGACCAUGCUGUUCAAUCAAGCACAGCCGCCACUGACAGUCCUUCAGGCACCACAGACCAUGCUGUUCAAUCAAGCGCAGCUGUCACUGACAGUCCCUCAGGCACCACAGACAAUACAAGUCCAUCAAGCGCAGCUGCCACUGACAGUCCUUCAAGUACCACGGGCCAUUCUGUUCAAUCAAGCACAGCUGCCACUGACAGUCCUUCAAGUACCACGGGCCACUCUGUUCAAUCAAGCGCAGCUGCCACUGACAGUAAUUCAGACACCACAGACGAUGAUGUUCAAUCAAGUGCAGCUGUCACUCCCAGUCCUUCAGGCACCACGGCCCAUGUGCAUUCAUCAAGUGCAGCUGCCACUGACAGUCCUUCAGGCACCACAGACCAUGCUGUUCAAUCAAGCGCAGCUGUCACUGACAGUCCCUCAGGCACCACAGACAAUACAAGUCCAUCAAGCGCAGCUGCCACUGACAGUCCUUCAAGUACCACGGGCCAUUCUGUUCAAUCAAGCACAGCUGCCACUGACAGUCCUUCAAGUACCACGGGCCACUCUGUUCAAUCAAGCGCAGCUGCCACUGACAGUACUUCAGACACCACAGACCAGACAAGUCCAUCAAGCGCAGCUGCCACUGACAGUCCUUCAGGCACCACAGACCAUGCUCUUCUAUCAAGCGCAGCUGUCACUGACAGUCCUUCAGGCACCACAGACCAUACAAGUCCAUCAAGCGCAGCUGCCACUGACAGUCCUUCAGGCAUCACAGACCAUGCUGUUCAAUCAAGCACAGCUGUUACUGACAGUCCUUCAGGCACCACAGACCACACAAGUCCAUCAAGCGCAGCUGCCACUGACAGUCCUUCAGGCACCACAGACCAUACAAGUCCACCAAGCGCUGCUGCCACUGACAGUCCUUCAGGCACCACAGACCAUACAAGUCCUUCAAGCGCUGCUGCCACUGACAGUCCUUCAGGUACCACGGGCCAUUCUGUUCAAUCAAGCACAGCUGCCACUGACAGUCCUUCAGGCACCACAGACCAUGCUGUUCAAUCAAGCACAGCUGUCACUGACAGUCCCUCAGGCACCACAGAAAAUACAAGUCCAUCAAACGCAGCUGCCACUGACAGUCCUUUAGGCACCACAGACAAUGGCAUUCCAUCAAGCGUAGCUGUCACUGAGAGUACUUCAGACACUGGCGGUCUUUCAAGCACCACAGACCAUAUCCAUUUAUCAAGUGCAUCUGCCACUGACAGUCCAUUAGGCACCACAGACCAUACAAGUCCAUCAAGCGCAGCUGCCACUGAUAGUCCUUCAAGCACCACGGGCCAUUCUGUUCAGUCAAGCGCAGCUGUCACUGACAGUCCUUCAGGCACCACAGACCAUACAAGUCCAUCAAGCGCAGGUGCCACUCCUAGUCCUUCAGACACCACGGACCAUGUCCUUUCAUCAAGCGCAGCUGCCACUGACAGUCCUUCAGGUAUCACGGGCCAUUCUGUUCAAUCAAGCACAGCUGCCACUGACAGUACUUCAGACACCACAGACUAUGAUGUUCAAUCAAGCGCAGCUGUCACUGACAGUCCUUCAGGCACCACAGACCAUACAAGUCCAUCAAGCGCAGCUGCCACUCCCAGUCCUUCAGGCACCACGGCCCAUGUCCAUUCACCAAGUGCAGCUGCCACUGACAGUCCUUCAGGCACCACAGACCAUACAAGUCCAUCAAGCGCAGAUGCCACAGACAGUCCUUCAAGUACCACGGGCCAUUCUGUUCAAUCAAGCACAGCUGCCACUGACAGUCCUUCAGACACCACAGACCAUACAAGUCCAUCAAGUACAGCUGCCACUGAAAGUACUUCAGACACCACAGACGAUGAUGUUCAAUCAAGCGCAGCUGUCACUGACAGUCCUUCAGGCACCACAGACCAUGCUGUUCAAUCAAGCGCAGCUGCCACUGACAGUCCUUUAGGCACCACAGACAAUGGCAUUCCAUCAAGCGUAGCUGUCACUGAGAGUACUUCAGACACUGGCGGUCUUUCAAGCACCACAGACCAUAUCCAUUUAUCAAGUGCAUCUGCCACUGACAGUCCAUUAGGCACCACAGACCAUACAAGUCCAUUAAGCGCAGCUGUCACUGAUAGUCCUUCAAGCACCACGGGCCAUUCUGUUCAGUCAAGCACAGCUGCCACUGACAGUCCUUCAGGCUACACAGACAAUAAUGUUCAAUCAAGCGCAGCUGUCACUGAUAGUCCUUCAGGCACCACAGACCAUACAAGUCCAUCAAGUGCAGCUGCCACUGACAGUCCUUCAGGCACCACAGACCAUGCUGUUCAAUCAAGCGCAGCUGCCACUGACAGUCCUUUAGGCACCACAGACCAUACAAGUCCAUCAAGUGCAGCUGCCACUGAAAGUACUUCAGACACCACAGACCAUGCUUUUCAAUCAAGCACAUCCAUCACUGACAGUGCUUCAGGCACCACAGACCAUGCUAUUCCAUCAAGCACAGCUGCCACUGAAAGCCCCUCAGGCUCCACAGACCAUGCCAUUUCAUCAAGCUCAGCUGUCACUGGUGGCCCUUCAGGCACCACUGACCAUGCUGUUCAAUCAAGCGCAGCUGUCACUGACAGUCCUUCAGGCACAACGGACAAUGGCAUUACAUCAAGCGUAGCUGUCACUGACAGUACUUCAGACACUGGCAGUCCGUCAAGCACCACAGACAAUAUCCAUUCAUUAAGUGCAUCUGCCACUGACAGUCCUUCAGGCACCACAUACCAUUCUGUCCAAUCAAGUGCAGCUGUUACUGACAGUCCUUCAGGCACCACAGACCAUGCUCUUCUAUCAAGCGCAGCUGUCACUGACAGUCCUUCAGGCACCACAGACCAUACAAGUCCAUCAAGCGCAGCUGCCACUGACAGUCCUUCAGGCAUCACAGACCAUGCUGUUCAAUCAAGCACAGCUGUUACUGACAGUCCUUCAGGCACCACAGACCAUACAAGUCCAUCAAGCGCAGCUGCCACUGACAGUCCUUCAGGCACCACAGACCAUACAAGUCCACCAAGCGCUGCUGCCACUGACAGUCCUUCAGGCACCACAGACCAUACAAGUCCUUCAAGCGCUGCUGCCACUGACAGUCCUUCAGGCACCACAGACCAUGCUGUUCAAUCAAGUGCAGCUGUUACUGACAGUACUUCAGGCACCACAGACCAUGCUGUUCAAUCAAGUGCAGCUGUUACUGACAGUACUUCAGGCACCACAGACCAUGCUGUUCAAUCAAGCGCAGCUGACACUGACAGUCCUUCUGGCACAGCGGACCAUGGUAUUACAUCAAGCGUAGCUGUCACUGACAAUACUUCAGACACUGGCAGUCCUUCAAGCACCACAGACCAUUUCCAUUCAUCAAGUGCAUCUGCCACUGACAAUCCAUUAGGCACCACGAACCAUGCUGUUCAAUCAAGCGCAGCUACCACUUACAGUCCUUCAAGCACCACAGACCAUAUCCAUUCAUCAAGCACAUCUGCCACUGACAGUCCAUCAGGCACCACAGACCAUGCUGUUCAAUCAAGUGCAACUGUUACUGACAGUCCUUCAGGCACCACAGACCAUACAAGUCCAUCAAGCGCAGCUGCCACUGACAGUCCUUCAGGCACCACAGACCAUGCUGUUCUAUCAAGCGCAGCUGUCACUGACAGUCCUUCAGGCACCACGGACCAUGCUGUUCAAUCAAGCGCAGCUGUCACUGACAGUCCUUCAGGCACCACAGACCAUACAAGUCCAUCAAGCGCAGCUGCCACUGACAGUCCUUCAGGCACCACAGAUCAUGCUUUUCAGUCAAGCGCAGCUGUCACUGACAGUCCUUCAGGCACCACAGAUCAUGCUUUUCAGUCAAGCGCAGCUGUCACUGACAGUCCUUCAGGCACCACAGAUCAUGCUUUUCAGUCAAGCGCAGCUGUCACUGACAGUACUUCAGGCACCACGGACCAUGCUGUUCAAUCAAGCGCAGCUGCCACUGACAGUCCUUCAGGCAUCACAGACCUUACAAGUCCAUCAAGCGCAGCUGCCACUGACAGUCCUUCAAGCACCACAGACCAUGCUGUUCAAUCAAGCGCAUCUGUCACGGAUAGUCCUUCAGGCACCACAGACCAUUUUGUUCAAUCAAGCGCAGCUUCUACUGACAGUACAUUAGGCACCACAGAGUAUGUCCAUUCACCCAGCGCAGCUGCAACUGACAGUCCAUCAGGCACCGCAGACCAUGCUAUUCCAUCAAGCGCAGCUGCCACUGAAAGCCCCUCAGGCUCCACUGACCAUGCCAUUUCAUCAAGCUCAGCUGUCACUGGUGGCCCUUCAGGCACCACAGACCAUGCUGUUCAAUCAAGCGGAGCUGUCACUGACAGUACUUCAGACACUGGCAGUCCUUCAAGCACCACAGACCAUAUCCACUCAUCAAGUGCAUCUGCCACUGACAGUCCUUUAAGCACCACAGAUCAUUCUGUUCAAUCAAGUGCAGCUGUUACUGACAGUCCUUCAGGCACAACGGACCAUGGCAUUACAUCAAGCGUAGCUGUCACUGACGGUACUUCAGGCACCACAGAAGAAACUGUUCAAUCAAGUGCAGCUGUUACUAACAGUCCUUCAGGCACCACAGACCAUACAAGUCCAUCAAGCGCAGCUGCCACUGACAGUCCUUCAGGCACCACAGACCAAGCUGUUCAAUCAAGUGCAGCUGUUACUAACAGUCCUUCAGGCACCACAGACCAUACAAGUCCAUCAAGCGCAGCUGCCACUGACAGUCCUUCAGGCACCACAGACCAUGCUUUUCAGUCAAGCGCAGCUGUUACUGACAGUCCAUCAGGCAUCACAAACCAUGCUAUUCCAUCAAGUGCAGCUGCCACUGAAAGCCCCUCAGGCUCCACUAACCAUGCCAUUUCUUCAAGCGCAGCUGUCACUGGCGGCCCUUCCGGCACCACGGACCAUGCCGUUCAAUCAAGUGCAGCUGUCACUGUCAGUCCAUUAGGCACCAUGGACCAUGCCCAUCCAUCAAGCACCACCACUCAGCUAUCAACUACAACCUACACAGGUUCAGCAGUGACAGGCGAGGGAUUCAUUAUUCUACAGCUCCGUUUAGAGAGAGAAUUUAUUUCUGAUUACAACAUGUCUUCUUCAAUGCAGUAUCAGAAUCUCUCCAAAAACAUCACUAUGGAGCUGAAUCAAUUCUACUUGAGAAUUUAUGGGACCAACUUCCUCAGAGCCUUUGUGAUGCGAUUCUGGUCUGGGUCAGUGGGUGUGGAUGUGCAACUUAUUUUUACAAAUGAGACUGUUAUUCCAAAUGCAACAAGCAUUAAAGACAAUCUUGAGACAGGAAUUAAUGAAUUAAAAGUGUUCCUUGGUUCUGUGAUUCCUGGCAGUAUUAUUGUGAAAGAAAACUCAACUUUGAAUACCAGCACAGUUGUUCCUCCUGGUACCAUAAACACCACUGUCUCUACUGAUCUGUCAAGCACAACUGGACCUAAUCAUCUUAUAGAUACUACAGUUUCAACCAGCACAUCGAUCACAACUGCUCCAGCUGGCCAGUCAAGCAAUGCAGUUCAUAUUGAUUUAACAAGUACAAGUGCUUCUACUGUUAUUUCAAACAGCGUACUUCCUACAGAUGUAUCAAGUACAACUAUACUUUCUGGUUCAUCUGGCACUACAGUAUCUGUAUCGAGUGCAGCUGCUGAUAAGAUCACAACAUCUGUAUUAUUUGCAAACUCAACACAUUCUGAAGUUGUCACCACCUCAACCACGUCUUCACUGCCAACCAGUCAUCUAUCAACUGAAGCCUCCACAGCAACCACUCAUUUAUCAAAUAAACCUACAACAGCAACCACUGCUCUAUCAAAUACAGCUACCACAGGUCCAGCAGUGCCAGGCGAGACAUUCGUUAUUCUGCAGAUCCGUUUAGAUAUACAAUAUACUGAAGUUUACAAUAACCCUGCUUCUAUGGAGUACAAGACUCUGGCCCUCAACAUCACUAUUGAGCUGAAUCGAGCCUACCGGAGAAUUUAUGGGUCCAAAUUCCUCAGAACCUUCGUGAUGGGAUUCUGGUCUGGGUCAGUGGGUGUGGAAACGCAACUUAUUUUUACAAAUGAGACUGUUAUUCCAAAUGCAACAAUCAUUGAAGACAAUCUUAAGACAGGAAUUAAUGAAUCAAAAGUGUUCCUUGGUUCUGUGAUUCCUGGCAGUGUCAUUGUGAAAGAAAACUCAACUUUGAAUACCAGCACAGUUGUUCCUCCUGGUACCAUAAACACCACUGUCUCUACUGAUCUGUCAAGCACAACUGGACCUAAUCAUCUUACAGAUACUACAAUUCCAACCAGCACAUCGAUCACAACUGCUCCAGCUGGCCAGUCAAGCAAUGCAGUUCAUAUUGAUUUAACAAGUACAAGUGCUUCUACUGUUAUUUCAAACAGCGUACCUUCUACAGAUGUAUCAAGCACAACUAUACUUUCUGGUUCAUCUGGCACUGCAGUAUCUGUAUCAAGUGCAGCUGCUGAAAAGAUCACCACAUCUGUAUUAUUUGCGAACUCAACACACUCUGAAGUUGUCACCACCUCAACCACAUCUUCAGUGCCAACCUAUCAUCUAUCAACUAAAGCCUCCACAACAACCACUUAUAUAUCAAAUAAACCUACAACAGCAACCACUCAUCUAUCAACUAAAACCACUACAGCAACCACUGCUCUAUCAAAUACAGCUACCACAGGUCCAGCAGUGCCAGGCGAGACAUUCGUUAUUCUGCAGAUCCGUUUACAGAUACAAUAUACUGAAGUUUACAAUAACCCUGCUACUAUGGAGUACCAGACUCUGGCCCUCAACAUCAGUAUUGAGCUGAAUCGAGUCUACCGGGGAAUUUAUGGGACCAAUUUCCUCAGAGCCUUCGUGAUGGGAUUCUGGCCUGGUUCAGUAGGUGUGGAUACAGCACUUAUUUUCACAAACGACACUGUGCUUCCAAAGGCAAAAGUUAUUGAAAAAAAUCUUGAGACAGCAAUUGUUGAAUCAAGAGCAUUCCUUGGCUCUGUGUUGACUUCCAGUAUCACCGUUGUGGAACAGCAAGGUACAACUUUGACUACCCAGGCAUCACAAAAUGUUCCUGUAACACAAACAUCUUCUGCUGUUGCACCGGUUCUGUCUAGUAUGCUGUUCAUGCUUUUGCUUCUGCUAUAGAAUGAAACACUGUAGCUCUGCAAUGUUUUUCCUCAAUGUCACAUUCAAGCCUACAAUAUUAUGAAAACUAUCUGGUGUUUUGGAUACAUUACUCUUAAUUUUUAUGUUAUGGAAAAAUUGUGAUGCAUUAUUUAUUCUGAAAAUAGUUCUUUCAGGCAUUUCUUGGGACAACUGGGAAUUUCUGCACUACUUUUAACACAUUUGCAAUAUCUACAAUGUUUGAUUUGAUUGUUGCUUUUUAUUUCCUUGGAUAUUACAAUAAAUUUGAAAUGAAAAUCUGAA